GCACAUCACCCACUCGACAUCACCGCAACUUGGUAAAAGCUGCUCACAUAACGCCAUGUCGCUCUCAAUACCAGGUGCGCCCAAUGCUGGGCUAUUCAAGCCCGGCUACCAAAACUACGAUGCAGAAGACGGAGCCGUAAUCCGCAACAUCGAUGCCUGUCGCCAAAUCGCCUCGACAGUUCAGACCUCCCUAGGUCCCUAUGGCCGCAACAAAAUUGUCAUCAACCACCUCCAAAAAAUGAUCCUGACCAACGAUGCCGCAACAAUUCUCCGCGAACUCGAAGUCGUGCACCCCGCUGCGAAACUCCUCGUCAUGGCGUCUCAGCAACAAGAAGCAGAAAUGGGAGAUGCGACGAAUAUGGUGAUUGUGUUUGCGGGGGAGCUUUUGAAGAAGGCGGAAGAGUUGAUCAGAAUGGGUUUGAAGACGAGCGAGAUUGUGCAGGGAUACGAGAGAGCUGGAAAAGCAGCGUUGGAGGCGCUGGAGCAGUUGGAGAUUGAUAAGGUGGAGGACAUUAGGAAUCAGGAAGAGUUGGCGAAGGCGUUGAAGACUGUCAUUGCGGCUAAGCAGAGCGGGAAUGAGGAAUUUCUGGCUGAUUUGGUUGCGGAGGCAGUGCUUGCUGUCCUGCCGAAGAAUCCUUACAACUUCAAUGUGGACAAUGUGCGGGUUGUGAAGAUCAUGGGAGGUGGAUUGGAGCAGAGCAGGGUUGUGAAGGGUAUGGUGUUUGGACGAGAACCGGACGGAACUGUGAAGAAGGCACAAAAGGCGAAGGUUGGUGUGUUCAGCUGCCCGAUCGACAUUUCGCAAACGGAGACCAAGGGCACGGUGCUCAUCAAGAACAGCAAGGAGCUGUUGAACUUCACCAAGGGCGAGGAGUCACAGAUGGAGAAUGCGAUCAAGGAACUGCACGAUUCUGGACUUCGCGUGGUUGUGGCUGGUGCGACUGUGGGAGAACUGGCGAUGCACUACCUCAACAGAUUCGGCAUUCUGGUGAUCAAGGUUCUAUCGAAAUUCGAGCUCCGACGUCUAUGCCGUGUCAUUGGCGCAACACCACUGGCACGUCUCGGAGCACCAAUGCCAGACGAGAUGGGCAACAUCGACAUCGUCGAGACGCUGGAGAUUGGCGGCGACCGAGUCACAGUCUUCAGACAAGAGAACGAACAGACCCGAACAGCCACACUCGUCCUCCGCGGCGCAACACAAAACCACCUCGACGAUGUCGAGCGAGCAGUCGACGACGGCGUCAACGUUGUCAAAGCCAUCACCAGAGACCCCAGAUUAGUACCUGGUGCGGGCGCAACAGAAAUGCAACUCAUUGAGCGCAUCACAGCUCUUGCAGACAAGACUUCAGGCCUCGCACAAUACGCCAUAAGAAAAUACGCCGAAGCCUUCGAAGUCAUUCCCCGCACACUGGCCGAGUCAGCAGGUCUUGACGCAACAGAAGUCCUCGCCAGAUUGUACACUGCUCAUGCACAACAAUCUCAACGCGACGGAUCCUGCAAGCCGAAAUCCGACAGCGAGGAGGAGGAUGUCCCAGCCAUUGGCGUGGAUCUCGACACCAGCGGCUCAUCUGGUAGCGGGACACUGGAUGCUGAGGACGAGGGCAUUCUCGACCUCAUGGUUACAAAGAGCUGGGCGAUCAAACUCGCGACUGAAGCCGCGAGGACGGUGCUCAGUGUUGAUCAAAUUAUUGUGGCGAGACAGGCUGGUGGGCCCAAGCCGCCGCAACCUAAUGCCAACUGGGAUGAGGAUUAAAUGUCUCGCGCGAAAGCUAUGUAACUUGAUUGUGUAUGCAAGGGUCAUGACAAGAGAGAAAGAGAAGCAUAGAAGGCGCUGGCUGGCUAGCCUAGAGGCGUGAAUGAAGUGGUAUGUAGUAUACCCGCGCAAAAUGAAUGAUCAGCUUGCUUGUUUGGAGCUUCAAAGCGAUCACCUGCUCACUGGACACUACCUUCUGAUCGAGCUUCUUCAAUCUGCCCUCGCGAUUGCUGUGCCCUUCGGUUCCUCCUCCUCCGAUUUGGGACCGCAUUACCAUUCCCAUCAUUGCUUUCCACACAUUCUGUCGUUUGUUGCGCGUCCUCAUCCUGGCAUCCAGAUAUCUCUCGUUCCGCCAACUUUCGCCCAUAAUCAUCAUCAUACCUCGCUAGAAUCUCCUCCGCCCUUGCCCCAAGCACAUCAUCGCCACUCGCGAAAAGGAAAUCUCGCAUCUCUUCCCAUCCGGCACAGGAGAGAUACGCCCCUUGAUUCCGAUAUCUCAUGACGGCUGUGAGGGCUUGUGUCAUGAUUGGGUCGCUGAUUGGUAACGACAGGCGCAAGUGCUCAAGUAAUGUGACAGUGGGCCUUUCCCGGGUGACACGAUAUUUGAGCGCAUCGAAGAGGUUCUGCCAGAUAGGUCGAGGUCGAAGUUCGAAUGCCAAAAUGGCUUGGUAGAGAUCGAUGAGGUCGGAUAUAUGCAUUUGGGAGAAAUUGCCAGGGGUAAAUGCGGGGAGAAGGGUUCCCAGUGGGGUCGGCUCGACAUUUUGCAUCCAUUCGAUGAUUGAUCGUAUUGCUUUGAUCGAGGGCAGCCGUGGAGAGUCCAGGUCUAGGAUGAUUUGCUUUGGCGUGUUGGACCUAGGCGUGUCUAAUGGGUGACGACGUUGGUUCUUGCUAUUGCUGGUGGGACCAGUCUGUAAUCUCGAUAAUAAUGGCUCACCAUAAAAG